AUGUGGUCGCCCGAAACGUCUAUGACGCCUUUUUCAUUGGAGGAGGGGGCGACCACGAUUAUGCUUCGAUCCUUGCCCGCCUCAACAACACUUCGCAGCCUCCUCCAGAUCCUGCAGCCCUUGGGCAGAGGUGUCUAUGAUUUUGCCUACCUACCCAGGUGUACCCGGCAGCGACAUCGCAUCGUGGAGCUCGCUUUUCUCAACUUUGUGGAUCCGAACGUUGCUCAAGCGGCUGUUCGGUUUCUACACAAUUUCUCGCUAUCCGAAGCGUCUUGGGCGCGUACCAGGCUCAAUCAAGCAAGACUGCAAGGCCUGCCAAACAACUUGGCCUACUAUUACUUGCGGUUCGGCCCAGACGCUGCGCAAGAAGGGCCGGAUGCCCCCGCAGUCUUUGCAGCGGGAGUCCGCGUGCCGCUCAGGUGGGCCUUGGCACAACUGGUGUCCGCGCAGGCACUCGAAGCCGCGCAGCGGCUUCUGGAUUCCGAGCGUACGGGCAGAGUGGAAGCCAACAUCGAGAUGCUCGAGAUGGGAGGGCAGGAAGGGCAGGGAGGGCAGGGAGGGCCGCCAGGGCCUGAAGCGCCCUCGACGCAGAGCUGGUGGAGCAGCGCGGCGGCUGCAAGAUGGCGGUGGACUCUGCCAUCCAUAACCACUCCAGACAUGUAUUUUGUGGAGCAUUGGGUGGUGGAGGACACCGAGCACCUACUCAGGCUCGUUCAUGAACAUGAACGCCGCCAUGGUCUCGUCAUUUUCUUAUUAUGA